GCGGCCGAGGCCCAGCCCGGCGCUGACGGCAUCCUGGAGGUGGCCGGGCCGUCCGCGGCCGCCACCGACCUCCACGCCGACGUCAUCGACGACAUCCUGCGGUCCGGGCGCCAGGGCCGCAACCUGGAGGGCUACGACGAGGUGUACGCCGACCCCAACGUGCGCGACGCCCUGGAGAACGGCAACGAGACCUCGGCCAGGCACUACAUCAAGGACAGGCUGUGCAACCUGGGCCUCAGCUCGUGCGACGAGGACCCUGCACGCGGCGCGGUGGAGCCCCAGGACCUGAUCUACGCGCAGCCCGUGCACAUCAAGCCCGUGGGCGCACCCAUCGCCGCCCUGCCCGUGCGCAACCCGCACGCCAUCCGCCCCUACGGGCCGCCCCGCGUGCCGCCGCCGUCCUUCGAGGCCAACGGCCCCGUCGACAGCCCCUACGCCUUCGAGUCCGUCCACGGCGCGCACGGCUUCAACAAGAAGAAGAGCUCUUACAGUGUGCCUGAGCACGUGCCCGCCAGCGGCGUGCAGGCGGCCGGCGCGCAGCAGCACAUCCACCACCACUUCCACCACGCCGACAACACCGUCGCCUCCCUGGCCGGCGCCUCCGCCGGCAUCGGCGGCGUCAACUCCGGCGCCUCCGGCCUCGGCGUCAACGGCGUGGCCGGCGCCAGGCCCGUGUACGAGGCCGGCCUCGGCGGCUACGGCAGCUCGUACGCGCCCGCCGCCAGCUCCUACAACCCCACCACCACCGGCUUCACCCCCGGCCCCGCGUACCCGCCCAACCAGGCCUUCUACAAGAAGGAGCUCAACCUCAAGCAGCCCGUGGCCAACAGCCUGAACGGCGGUGGCGCGUACGGCAACCGCUACGCCGGCCUGCCCGGCUACGAGACCGGGCGCGCCGAGGGCGGCCUGGACUGCUUCUGCGUGCCCGUCGAGCAGUGCCCCGCGCACGAGAUCCUGCGCAAGGAGGACGGCAACGGCUUCAUCGACCCCCGCAACGCGCCCGGCAGCGACAUCCUGGCCGACGACGUGGUCGUCACCGACGAGAACGGCACCAUCGUCAACGCCCCCGUCGCCGAGUCCGCCGUCGCACAAGCGGGCGAGAAGGCCGACGACAGCAAGGACGAGAAGCAGGCCGAGGAGAAGAAGGACGACGAGAAGAAGGAGGAGGAGAAGAAGGAGCGCAGGAAGAGGCAGACCAACAGCGGCAGCGACAGCGGGCCCCAGGGGACCAAGGGGGACGCCGAGAGCGACUCGCGCCCGGCCGCGUCCGGCGACGACGCGAACCACGCGGCUAGCCCCAGAGCCAUCAACGAGUCCGACGACGAGGUCUCCGGAGUAAGUGCCACCCCUUGCAGUGCAGGCCCCACAAACCGUGGCGGCGCCGACGGCGGCGGCGCGCGGAGGGGGAGUGUCUGGCGCCGCCACCUGAGAUUCAAAGUUCGGCAGAGGGCCGUCGCUCUCGCUCCGUCUCUCUCACGCCACUGUGGAAUGCCACUCGACGUGGGAGAGAGACGGAGCGAUGAAGGGCCAUUCAAAGUCGCGCCAGCCACCCCCUCCCUCCCCGCGCGCCGGCACUGGAGGCGCCCUGUGCGACGCAGCGCGGCGACGACCAGUGCGACGAGUACGCCAGUGGGCCAUGCUCUUGCUUUGCAGCGCCUGUUCGGGGUGAACAACUUCCAAGGCGUCAACGGCGUGAUGCAGAACGCCCAGGUGCAGCCGACGUUCGGCCUGUCCUUCGGGCUGCCCAACCAGGGCGCCGCGGGGCUGUACCCGCUGGCCGGCCACGGUCCCUUCCCGCUCGGCAACCCUGCUGUGCAGGGCGGCGGCAUCGACCUCGGCCCCAUCGCCGUCAACCCGCUCGUGUCCGUGCAGGUCACCAAGGACCAGUACGGCGGCAAGGUGGUCAAGCCCUUCGUCAACCUGCACGUCACGCCCAACCCGUACCUCGUGACCAAGUUCCUGCACAGCCUGCACGACAAGCACAACAAGAUCAACCACUACCACAAGCACUUCUACAAAAUCAACCAGCGGCCCUACUACUACAAGCCGGGCUUCGGACACCCGCCGCCCUUCGUGCACGGCCCUGGUUACGGCCCCGGCUACGCGCCUGACUACCACGGCUACCGCACCGAUGACAUCCUGGUCGGGCCCGGCGGCCCCGGCGGCCCCGGCCUCCUGGUGGGACCUGGCUACCCCGGCAACGGCCCGGCCCCCGACUACCACCCGCACGACCACCACGACCACCACGGGCCCCUCGUCGGCCCGGACUACCACGGCCCCGGCCCGCUGGUGGGCCCGGACUACCACGGCCCCGAGCACCCCUCGCACGGCCCCGGCCCGCUGGUCGGCCCCAGCUACGACGGCGGCUACCCCAACACGUACGCGCCCAGCUACGGCGGCUUCGGCGAGCCCCCCGUCGGACCAGCGCCCUACCGGCCCCCCAGUGGCGGCUACGUGUCAGACGCCGACGACCAGUACGCCGGCAUCUACCGCAGCAACUACAACCGCUCGCUGUCCUUCCCCGGCGACGGCUCCGCCAGCGACCCCCCGCGGCCGCCACUCCAGAGCCCCGUGUACCGGCCGCAGCCCCAGCGCGCGCAGUGUGGACGCCGCCAAGCCCAGGGCAUCAACGGGCGCAUCAAGAACCCCGUGUACGUGGACGGCGACUCCGAGUUCGGCGAGUACCCCUGGCAGGUGGCCAUCCUCAAGAAGGACCCCAACGAGAGCGUCUACGUGUGCGGAGGCACCCUCAUCGACAGCGUGCACAUCAUCACCGCGGCCCACUGCGUCAAGAGCUACGCGGCGCAGGACCUGCGCGUGCGCCUGGGCGAGUGGGACGUGAACCACGACGUGGAGUUCUACCCGCACGUGGAGCGCGACGUGGCCGCGCUGGUGGUGCACCCCGAGUUCUACGCCGGCACGCUGUACAACGACCUGGCCAUCAUCCGCCUCGCGUCUGCCGUGGACCUGACGCAGUCGCCGCACAUCUCCCCCGCCUGCCUGCCCGACCAGUACACCGAGUACGCGGGCAGCCGCUGCUGGACCACCGGCUGGGGCAAGGACGCGUUCGGCGACUUCGGCAAGUACCAGAACAUCCUCAAGGAGGUGGACGUGCCCGUGCAGUCGCACCAGCAGUGCGAGCGCCAGCUGCAGCAGACGCGCCUGGGCUACGACUUCAAGCUGCACCAGGGAUUCGUGUGCGCGGGCGGCGAGGAGGGCAAGGACGCCUGCAAGGGCGACGGCGGCGGCCCCAUGGUGUGCGAGCGCGGCGGCUCCUGGCACGUCGUCGGCGUGGUCAGCUGGGGAGUGGGGUGCGGCCAGAGCGGCGUGCCCGGCGUCUACGUCAAGGUGGCGCACUACUUGGACUGGAUCCGGCAGGUCACGAACCGCUACUAGACCGCCAUCGAGAAGACUGCCGCGAGCGGGGAUCGAACCACGGUCUCCGUGUCGCCGGUUCGACAUCGAACCGACUCAACAGAUCGCAAUGAUAGAGCGCCAGCUCCUUCGAACGCUUUUUCCGAUUUCUUCCCCUUUCACCUCCCGCCUGUUGCCAUUCCUUCCUCACUUGUAUCUUUUAUACUGGCGUUCAUCGACGAUACUCGCUUUUUUAGUUUAAUUUUUUCCUCAUUCGACACUCUACUUAAAUAGAGUACAAAUAUGUGAUGUGCUACCCAUUCGGUGAUUUAUUUAAUUUAAUUUAUUAAUUUCAUCUUUUAUUUAAUUAUGAAAUCAUUUCUUCUCGCUCUGAAUUUCCUUAUGAAAACGUUUACAUGUGAAAGCUUCAUCUUCUUGUUCUCUUUUGUAUUUUUAGUUGAUACGUUGCCGGCAACGUUGUCGCAAAUGUCCUUUUGGCGUGUGCCAAAUAAAUGUUUUAAUAAUAUUCGGGUCUCGCGGUGACACCAUUCGUCAGAAUGCCCUGACCACGAGGCCCGGAACGAAUGUACUGCAUAUUCAUGCAAAAAUCGUCGUAGGUGGUCGGUGUUGUCUUUGGGAGAUCGAUUUACACGUUUGCACAGCUGACGCUGUCGGGUUUCAGACCUAGGAAACCCAGGGAUCUCAUGGCGUAUCCGCUGGAACUCAGAUUAAGAUGUUAAAUAUGUACAGUUUGUGAAUCAUCAUAGUUGGAGGGGAAUGAUUUGGGCUUUCCACCUCAUGUUUGUAAAUAUGCCCGAAUAAUGUGCAUUACCGAAGUAAGCUCGAUUGAAACUGUAAAAUGUAUUUAUAUUUUUUUGUACUGCCACAAUUUGUACGUGUGUAUCGUGUAAUUAAACGGUAUUUCACAACUGUUA